GGACGUCCGUACUCCGCCUUCUAAACACUCCCGUCUAAAAAUGUCAUCAAAAUCAAAACAAUAGGGCUUUAGAAGACUGAAAUUAUAAUAAAAAUCGCAUUUAUUAUAAAUUAAACAUUCCCUCAAUAAAAUGUCGACGGCGUUAUGAUCACAAAUAAUUUUAAAUAUUUCUGUACACUACUUAUAAUUGGUAUAGUGGUUAUAUUUUACCAAAUACAGUUCGAGAGGCUUCAGGAAAGGCUCCUUUUGCUUGAAACAUCCCAACAAAAUGAAACUCCAAACAAAAAGUCACUGGGCAAAAACCCAACCAACAUAUCAGAAGAAAACCUGGUUGUUUUAUACAACCGAGUACCAAAAACUGGCUCAACAAGUUUUGUUGGAGUAGCAUAUGACCUCUGUAAAAAGGGUCGCUAUCACGUCCUACACGUUAACGUUACUGGAAAUAGUCACGUUCUCUCUUUAAACAACCAAAUAAAGUUCGUCCAAAACGUUACAGAAUGGGAUGCAAUGAAACCUGCUCUGUAUCAUGGACAUUUUGCUUAUAUAGAUUUUUCUAAGUUUGGCCUUCGAAAGCCUUUGUAUAUAAAUCUUAUACGUAGACCUUUAGACAGGUUCAUAUCUUAUUAUUACUUUUUGAGAUAUGGUGAUAAUUUCAGGCCGUAUCUUGUAAGAAGGAAGGCUGGGAAUACUAUGACAUUUGAUCAAUGUGUUGAAAAACAGUUGCCAGAAUGUGAUCCUAGUGCAAUGUGGUUACAAGUACCAUUUUUUUGUGGUCAUGCAGCAAAUUGUUGGAAACCGGGAAACAAAUGGGCACUUACUGAAGCCAAAAAGAAUUUGAUAAACAAUUAUUUCCUUGUAGGUGUAACAGAAGAACUAGAAGACUUCGUCGCCAUUUUAGACAUAUCUUUACCGAGAAUAUUUCGUGGAUCCCUAGACUAUUUCACCCGUAGCAAUAAGUCUCAUUUAAGGCAAACUAUUCAGAAAAACUCCCCUUUAGAGGAGACAGUGAAGAAAUUUAAGCAAAGCGCCGUUUGGCAAAUGGAGAAUGAAUUUUAUGAAUUCGCCUUGGAUAACUUUCAUUUUAUUAAAAAGCAAACGUUAAAGAAUAGGCAGCAAAACUUUUUUUACGAGAAAAUACGUCCAAGAUUACAAUGAUAGUAUUACGUAAGACUUAAAAUGUGAUUUACCCCAUAUGUUUUUAAGUACUUAAAGAAUUUUUAUUAAGUUCCAAUAGCUUUUUAAUAAAUACAUAAUAGACUAAUUUAAUAACAGUUUCCUAUAAUUUUUUGUUAUAUUUGAAUGUACAUAUUUGAGCAUUUAUGUAGAGGAGUCGCAGGAGCAGCAAUGAGAAAUAAAAAUCAUGAUUAAAUUAAAACAAA